AUGGCACAUGCUCGUAUCUCAGCCAACCUCCCCCCUAACAUAGAUCCCACAAAAGCUCCUAUUGCAUUUGGAAAGAGAGCCCUUCCUAAACUGAAUGAGGAGUUACACUCCCCUGAGCUGCUGACUCAGCAGCGGGCAUUGAUGGCACUCUGCGAUUUGCUCCAUGACCCAGAAAAUGUCUACCAGGCAAUAGAAGUAGGAUUCUUGGAUAACCUGAAGACUUUGCUGCUACAUCAUGACAGUACUGUCCGACAAAAAACAACACAAAUCUUCUAUAUAAUGGCUAUGCAUAGUGUUGGCAGGCAAGGGUUAAUACAAAAUGGAGUGAUUUCUGCCCUCACUGAGCUCUUGGAUGAUCCAGUAGACAUCUGUAGGAAGAACACGCAUCAGAUUUUUGAAAUGAUGGCAAAAUUACCUGAAGAAGACAAAAAUAAGAUAGAUAUAUGUAUUCCAUAGAGGAUAGAAAGGGAGAAGAACCAGCAGCAGGAGAAAAUUAAGAACAUUGGAAAAAUUCAUAGCAAAAUUUUCACUCUUUGUGAAAACAGUUAG